UAUUUUAUACAGUAAGUUGGGUUGCAUACGUUUCAGUCUUGAAAUGUCUAACCUAUGAGCACAUAUAAAGUGUUAUUAGUUAAAUUAUACGAAUUUUUGUCUUUAUAAAGUAUUAAAAUGAAUCCAGUAAUUAAUAGAGAUGGGGAUGAACAAAUUAACUUUGACCCGCAGCGUAGAAAUGCAAGAGAUCCUUAUCAAUUUUCACCGGAGGAAAUGCGUGUUAUGAGAGAAUGCAAUAAAGAGUCGUUUUUUCAAAGGUGUAUACCUAUCGGCAGUCUUCUUGGCUUUGGAACUUAUUUUGGUGUUAAGAAUGGAUACAUCAGAGGUAAUAUCAGAUAUGGUGCUGCUCCUAAAGUUACCAUGGCUGUUAUCAUUGGUUAUUUUCUUGGUAAAUUUUCAUAUCAACAAAAAUGUGCUGAGAAACUGAUGCAACUACCAAAUAGUCAAAUUGGAGAGAUGCUGAGGCAGAGGAGGAAGGGUAACUUUACAGAAACUUUGGAGCCUGGAAUUGGACCAGGAAUGGCACUUGCUCCUUUUAGUAAUAUGGGUGGUAGCGACACAUAUUCCGAUGUGAAACCAUCUUCCGACCUUGAUACUACGCGGCCGAAUUAUGAAGGAUUGGAUGAUUCACACCGACCUUCUGUUGAUAAUCCAAUUUAUGAGGAGGAAAUGCCGCCGUUGCAAAAACAAGCAACCACGUACGAGGAACUACGAAGGAAAAAUAGAGAGGAAUUUGCUCAAAAGAGGACUGGAGGAUAUAAGAGUUCUCUAUCCCAAACCAGUACGAUUAUGCAGCCAGAACGAGAGGAACCAACGAUUGCGCAAGUUCGAACGAAUAUUUAUGGUGAUCCUAUUAGUUAGUGGUGUCAUUUAUUCAUUUGUACAUUGUAAACUAUUAUACAAAUUACAAACUGUAGCAUUUUUGAAAAAUAAAUAUAUAGAUACAUA